AUGAAAAAGUUGCACUUGCUGUUGGGGCGGCUGAGCCGGCGGGAGUGGCUCACAUCGAUACUGGCAAGGUACAGCAUCACAGGGUUUCAGCUACUCAGCGUCAUAAUAACGUAAACAUGAACUGUAUUGCUUGUGCAAUGCAUCACCACCAGUACAACCCUGUACGCUGGGGGCAGUUGGCAAGACGCAGCCGUGCGCUUCGUGCGUCGUUAUUUUUUGGCAGACAUUUGGCUGCCAGCUGCAUAUCAAUGACUCACAAGCCAAGUUUUUUUUAGAUUUUGUUUUUUUUGUAUUUUGGUUUCUAUAAAUUUUUAUUAAUAACAAAAGUACUUACAAAAUUGAAGAUCUAUAACGUAUGCAGUAGCGCCACGCUACUAGCGCGGUGUAGCGCGUUACUGCGUGCACUCGCAUGAGUCGUAUCUAACUGAUCAUACUGAACUGAUGCGCAGAAAAGUUGAACUUGUCAUCUGGACAGGCAGAUCUACAAGCCUUAUUAAAACUAGCAAUCGUUCCUUGAUGAGCUUUUUUGCGGGCGUGAAUUAAUUCUCGAUGGUGGGAUGGCGGACGAUGAAGCGUACUGGAAUUCAACAUCAGCAGUCCGCGGUUUUGACUUCGACGACGAUCCGCAUGGCGUCAACAGCGAAAACCUUCUCAAACUCUUCGCUGUUUCCCUGCAGCCCCCGUCAUCGCCGCUGGGGCAUUCCGACGAUGUGGAUCUCCGCAGUACCGCGUCGGACGAUGCCUCGAGUGUGCGCUCAGACGGCACAAACGAUGAUAUUCCCAAAGCCACCAGUUUCGCCCGCUCGCUGGUGGCGCGCACCCGCAGCACACUGAGCAAAACCAGCAUCGUGUCCGCUGCGUCCAACAGCAGCAGUGUGGCGCACCACUCGUCGGUGUCGCCCACGUUUUCCCUUCCACUAAAAGUUUCGCCGAAGAAGCCCCAGGUCAUCCAGCCGCCGGAGAUCGUGGUGCGGCCGCGCAGUGAUUCGGAUGAGUCGGGCAGUCAGCUUAUGUCUGAAGUGCAGUAUCUGCGGAGAAAUUUGGAAGUAUCCAGAAAAGACCAGUGGAUUAAGCUCUCUGCAAAAGAAAUGGUGUGGCGGAUAGUAAGAAACAAGCCGUAUGGUUUGGAAAAUUAUCGCAAUCUGGAGGAAAAGCUUGCGCUGCUGGAUCAAGCGUUGAAUUUAUACGACAAUAAUGCCAUUAUUAUCGUGAUACUUCACAUGAAGCAUACCCUGAACAGGGAAAUCUUUCUACGGGAGUUGGCCAAUAAACCCGAUGCCAUGGACCAGUACGUGGCGUUUCUCGUCGGUGAUGGGAAGUUGCAGGAGUGUUUUGAUAUACUGGAGCACAUUGGAAGAUUUGAUGAAGCAACCCAGUUGCAGCUUCGUUUAUCGCUCCAAAAGCACCACAUUCCGGACCGUUUGAAAGAGCUGGAUUCGGGAAUAAAGCGCCAACUAACCGUUGCCAGUUCGCCCGCUUCGGAGUUGACCCGCUUGCGGACUUACAAAUCUCUCUUGGAGGUGCAGCGUCCCAUCGACGACCAUGACGAGAAAGCCUCAAAAGACCCUAAAAAUGAUCUUUUUGUACAGUUUCCCCGUUUGCGUUCUGUGAUUGGUCUAUCCCUCAUUGACACGCUGCACUACUGCUGUUUAUAUCAUUUCGACAAACCGGAAACCAAUUUUUGUAGUCCGCACUACAUUCGCCGCGCUUUUGCCAUUCCGGAGAAGCAGUUUUUGUGGACGGCGUUGAGCGCUCUCUCAAAGGCACAAAAAUGGAACGAUAUCCAGUCACUGCUGACGGAUCGCACCGGCUGGUUCGGGGCGCCCAAACCGAAAUCCGCUAUUGGAUUCGAGAGUGUCGUGGAUGUGCUGCUGCGCAAUGGAACACCGCCGGAUGUGUUAGCGUAUUAUUUGCGAUUAAUUGAUGAGCCAGAGUUGCGGCUGGAAUUGAGUCGAAAGAGCAAGUGCCAUAGUGUGACAAUUGAUACGUUGGCUGUUUUGAAACAGUUUGACAAACUGCAAGAUUUCGGUGCUAAAUUUGAUCCCGGUUCGGCGGAGUUUCAAUAUAUUCAGGAAGUUUUACAUAAAGCUAAAAUGUGAUCGAGUGUUGUGUUUUCUCAGAGUAUAGUAGAGUUUGUAUUUUGCACUACGCUCGUUAGAAAAUUUGAACAUGUGCACUCACACGCAAAUACCAUUUGCAA